AUGGCCUUUGCAUUCCAAUGGCGCCUUGCCUUUGAAGUCAAGUGGCGCUUGCUGUAUGGCAGCUUUCUUUUGGUGCUGCUGCAAGUGUCCAUUGCGCUUUGUGAAGAUCACAUUUACCAAGUUGUGAGCACUUGGUUGGGGCUUUGCCUCGGACUGGUGCAUGUCCCUGGCAGCUCGGCGGGCAGGCGUUGGUCUUGGCUGGGUUUUGUAUUUGCUGCAGAUGCGGAUGCUGGGCAUCUGGUCUGGUUUGCAGCAAACCUCUUGUUCGAUUUCUGGUUCACAAAUGAGCGAGUGGACGAAGCCGAAAGCACCAACUGGGUGGUGAGUUCAGUAGGAUUGGGCCUUCUGUCUGGGAUUCUUUGGCAAGUGCAACCUCCCAACGAUGACCCGCAGUCUGCAGGCGAGCUUACACGAGGACUCGUGUCAAUGUCAAGCUUGCUAAGCCCCAGGGAAAAGGAAGUCUACGACAAGGUCGUGAAGCAGCUGGCAAACCGGGGCUUUCGCCUUGGCGAGCUUCUCACCUUCUGGAAACGACUUAUCGAUGGUCAAUUGAUAACGGGUUUCGACCCGCAACGCUCCUUGACCAACGAUGUGGUUCGACGUGCCAUCAUCCCGGAAACUCGACUUGGAUAUGGCGGCUGUGCCCUAGCAACGAAGUGGUCCAGUGCCGAAACAAAGCCACAAGUCAUGGUUACUCACAACUGGACCAACGGCUUUGGAAGUCUUGUCUCGGCAAUCCUGGCGGAUGCUUUGGGACGGGCUUCCUAUCAGGAGGUUGCGGCCCAGAUUGCCACAGCAUCAGGCCUUGAACGGGUGCAGGAGAAGUUAGGCGGCAAGCAGGAGACGACGUACUGGGUGUGUGCCUUCUGCAUCAACCAGCAUGCCAGUAUUUGUGCUGGGUUCGGGCCCGAACCACCGCAGGGGACUCCCGAAUGGGCCGCUUGGGACAGGAGGAGGCAUGAUUCGGUCACUGGUGAGGGUUUCGUGCUUUGCAACUGUCUGGUGGAGAAGGUGUUCAGCCACACUGACGCAAGGUGUGAACUCAACAAGUUCGAUGACAUGAUGACACAUUUAGCCCAACAGGUGGGGCGCUUCGCUCAACUCAUCGUCGUCGAUGACGCCUUCGACGUGCUUUACCGGGCGUGGUGUGUUGCAGAAAUAUUCGAGGCCAACGUGCUGGGCAUGGAAUCUCGAAUACAAGUUUCGUCGCAAGAUGCCGUGGAUCAGAACUACGACAGGCUCUCACUCUUAGAUGUCAGACAAUGCACAGCUUCGUCUCAAGCUGACAAGGAAAUGAUCAUGGCGAAGAUCGCAGAUGUGGAAGUCUUCAACUGCAAAAUCCAGCAGCUCGUGUUUGGCGAAGAGAUGGGUUUGUUUUCACAGUGGGUGGAUGGGAGCGAGCGUUCCCGGCAAGUCGGGAGAAUUUUGCGACGCUGUGUGAUCCGGGCAGAGAGCACCCAAGGCAAAUCUGUCCGACCAUCUCGCAGAUGUUGUGCUUCGUUUCGCUUGCUUGCCUCUCUCAGCGACGACUCCGAGGAAUCGUCGGAAGAGACUCCGACAUCAGAGUCUUCGGAUUUGUUGCGAAGCAGCAGCUGA